UUCACAUUUAUUUAACCGUUACACUUUCACUUUCACUUCUACAAAUCCUAAACACGCAACAACACAACAACCUUUUUAUUUUCUUGUCUUCUCUAUGGAAAUUCCUGAAGCGGUGGUCGUGAACCGGGUUGAACCGGGUUCGAAGGAGAACGGUUUAAGAGCGGAGAUUGAUACUUCUGCGCCGUUUGAGUCUGUUAAAGAAGCUGUUACUCGGUUUGGUGGUGUUGGUUAUUGGAAACCUGUUCUUAAUCAUAAUAAUAGUAACGCUAUUAACCUCAUUAUUCCUCAGCAACAAAACACAGAAGAGCUUGAUGCUGGAAAAUUGGAGGAACAAGCAGUGAAAUUGGAGAAAGAGCUUAUCAUUAAAGAAAGGGAAACUCUUGAUGUAUUAAAAGAGUUGGAAAGUACCAAAAGGCUUGUUGAAAAUCUGAAAUCAAAGCUACAAGCAGAAGAAGAAUCUGAGGCAAAUUUGAACAUUAAGUUGAAUUUGUGUGAUGAUAAGGAGAACGAGAAAAAAGAAGAAGAAAAGGAAAACCAUGGGAGUCGUGUUCCUUCCAAUUCGGCGAGUCCAGGCUUAAUUUUAAGGGAAUUGAAGCAAGCGAAAUUGAAUCUAAACCGAACAACGAAUGAUAUUGCUGAUGUUCGAGUUUCUGUGGAAUCACUCAACAAGAAACUUCAGAAGGAAAGAAUAUCACUCGAGAAAACCAGAGAGAGUUUAACUCAGAAUUCUUCAAAAAUAACUUCACUAGAGGAAGAGCUAAACCAAACAAGACUUAAACUGCAGGUGGUGAAAGAUGCUGAAAUUGAAUGUGGUUCAGAUGAACCUUCCGAUAUUACGAAAGAGCUUCAACGAUUGAGUUCCGAGGCAGAACAUUUCAAGAAAAUGGGAGAAGUUGCGAAAUCAGAAGUUACGAGAGCAAUGUCUGAGAUUGAACAGACAAAAGCUAUGAUAAGAACAUCCGAAAUUAGAUUAGUUGCUGCUCGAAAAAUGAAGGAAGCUGCUCGGGCCGCCGAAGCAGCUGCACUUGCCGAGAUAAAAGCGUUAUCUUAUUAUGACGGAAACUGUGUGCAAAAGUGUGAUGGAGUUACUCUUACCUUUGAGGAGUAUAAUGCUCUAACAUGCAAAGCUAGAGAGGUAGAUGAACAAUCUAAGAAGAGAGUUCAUGAUGCUAUGUUUCAAGUUGAAGAAGCAAAUGUAUCGAAAAUGGAUGUUUUAAAAAGGGUUGAAGAAGCUACAUUUGAAGUUAAAACAAGCAAGCAGGCUCUUGAAGAAGCUUUGGAAAGAGUAGAGGCUGCAAAUAGAGGGAAAUUAGUAGUUGAAGAGGCUUUAAGAAAAUGGCGAUCCGAGGGUAACAAAAGGCGAUCAUCAUACUCUACAAAGUUUAAAAACCCUUCUCACUAUCGAAGAAGCUCUCGGUUAUUCGACGUAAAUGGGACGAAUCAAGUUGAUGAUGAAGCCAAACCAGUUCUAAAGCCGACUCUAUCGAUAGGUCAAAUAUUGAGCCGGAAACUGAUGAUGCCAGAGAAGUUUGAAGGUGGGAUGCUUAACGAAAGAAUCUCGAUGAAAAGGAAAGUGUCGUUGGGUCAGAUGCUUGGUAAACAAAACUACGAUCCAUCUUUUGAAUUUGAUAGGCAAGUUGAGAACGAGAAUGAUCAGAAGCAGUUUUCUGCUAAGAGAAAGAAAUUUGGUUUUGGUAGAUUCUCUCUUCUUUUGACAAAACAACAAAAGAAGAAGAAGCCAACUUUGAACUUGAGGUGAUGAUGAUUCAGUAAUUACUUGAUCAUUUUACUCUUGCAACUAGUGCUGAUAAGAUUACAAAACAACAAAUGGUAUUGUGUUUGAAUUUGCUAGGCUAGAUUCUUAUUUGUUAUUUAUGUUAUUUGGGUUUCUAAAAUAAUGAAUAAAUUAAUGUGUGUGUAUCAUCACUUGCUGUAUUAUUUUGUAGAGGUUGUUGUUUAUAUCAAUUGUAUAACUCUUGUAAGCUGAUGUUAUAAUUUCUAUAUGUAAGUCAUUUUAUUCUAUUUAUAUUA